ACAUUAAAAGCAGAUAAGAACAGAUGAGGUUUUGGAGACAUUUAAAGGGAAGGAGAAUUCAAAUAAAACGGUUACUGUUCUUGAGGUGACGUUAAAGGGCUAGUUCGUCGGAAGGACUAAUUGUAAACAGGAUGGUGUUCCGAUCGGAGCACAGGUAGAAAGGUGACGUGAAUCCACUGCUGAAUUCAAAUGGCUUUAAUUUGUCUUAUAUUCACCCAAAUCUUCCUUGAUGUGCAAAAUAUGAGGAAUUGUAACUCCACGGGGCAUAAGCCAUUAGCCAAUCUUCGUCUCAGCAUUCAGAAAUCAAGUGGGAAAAUGUCCGCGAGACCGGAGGAACUUUGUGGAGUGAAAGAGGAGCCCCCACGUCACCGACACUCGACUGUGUGCAAACUAAUGCACGCUAAGGUUCUUCUUCACAGACUAGAAGAUCUAUAUGUUAGCCAAGCCCAUUAUCCUGAGCACUCGGAGUCUGCAUGCAUCAAGGACGAGGAGGAAGAGUCGCCAUCCAUUAAGGAAGAAAAAGAGUUCGUACACAUCAAAGGUUUCAGAAAAUAUCUUGGUGCUAAGCGGCAGGAGGCAGCAUGUUCUAGCGUAAAAGAGGAUGUUGAGCUCCCCCAAAUCAAAGAGGAGGAGGAGCCAAAGCCCUGUCAACACAAGCAACUUCCAAUCAAAAAGGACGAGGAGGAGCUGCCAUAUGGGAAAAAGGAGGAAGAGGAGGAGCAUAUCACCAGGUCUACUGGUGAUCCCUUGAAGAGUGAAGAUGGUCUAAGUGAGGCCGGCAGAGGGGCGGAGCCUCCAGGUGGCAGCAGCUCAACAGAAGGAUUGCAAGCAGACAUUUUCACCGCUCCAUCAGACAGAAAUGCCACCGCAUCACACUCACCUUACAAUGACGAUUGUCAUAAGAAAUCUCACCGUGACGACAAACUCUUCAAAUGCUCUCAGUGUGGGAAAACCUUUGCUAAUAAGUAUACUUGUCGGACGCAUAUGAGGAUCCACACUGGUGAAAAGCCUUUUGUCUGCUCAGUUUGUGGUCAAAGAUUCAUUCAAAAAAAUAGUUUGAAAAUACACUCAAGCACCCACACUGGUGAAAAACCUUUUUCCUGUUCAGUUUGUGGUCAAAGAUUCGCUCGAAAGCAAUACUUUAAAGUACACAUAAGAACCCACACUGGUGGCAAACCUUUUUCAUGCUCAGUUUGUGGUCAAAGAUUCUCUCAAAAGCAACACUUACAAAGUCACGAAAAAACCCACACUGGCGAAAAACCUUUUGCCUGCUCAGUUUGUGGUCAAAGAUUCUCUAAAAAGCAAAAUUUACAAAGUCAUGAAAAAACCCACACUGGCGAAAAACCUUUUGCCUGCUCAGUUUGCGGUCGAAGAUUCAUCCAAAAAAUUACCUUGAAAAUACAUACAAGAACCCACACUGGCGAAAAACCUUUUUCAUGCUCAGUUUGUGGUCAAAGAUUCUCUCAAAAGCAACACUUACAAAGUCAUGAAAAAACCCACACUGGCGAAAAACCUUUUGCCUGCUCAGUUUGCGGUCGAAGAUUCAUCCAAAAAAUUACCUUGAAAAUACAUACAAGAACCCACACUGGCGAAAAACCUUUUUCCUGCUCAGUUUGUGGUCAAGGAUUCAUUCGGAAGGAUCGGAUAAUGAGACACGUGUGUGUUAAUGUGAGGAGCAGAGGCCAAUGACUGUUUUGCCUGGCAUCCAUGCUGGCUUCAUCAGAUUUUUUUGCACAUAGGACUAUUGUAUUCCGUUGAGCUUCCUUUUAAAUCCUGUUGAGGAUUGGCACGUUUGGUGCCUUGCUUUGCCCAAUUGUUGUAUGAUGUACAUCCACCCUAUUGCCUAAACCUCAGCCGAUAGAACUCUCUCAAGUUUGUCAUGUUUGUGUGCUUUGUCAGGCGCAUUAGGAGCACUCAUUAUUUAAAGACUCCUGCCACCAUAUGCGAGUGUCGGACCAUUUCAUUAGUUUGUUUUACCUUACUUGUUUACUUUGUUUUUUUCCAUUUUUCUGGCCAUUGACGCCUUUCCCUUGGUUCUCCCACUGACUCCGUUCGCACUUCUUUUUGUUUGUAUUUUUUCUCGCGUGUUCUGCGUGCU